CGCGCCGAACGAAAGUCAACUAAAAAGUAACGCGGGGGUGCGUGGUGGAUACACACACUCACAUUUUCGGAGAGGAAACCCAAACUUCCUCCAAUCUGGACUUAGAAUCAGUUGCCACAGGAAGAUCUGCCUGCACUGUAAGUGUCCACAGGCAGAACACUUUGAAACUGUGAUGCCCCUGGAAAUGGAGAAGACUGUGACCAAACUGAUGUUUGACUUCCAGCGCAAUUCAACUUCUGACGAUGACUCUGGCUGUGCCUUGGAAGAGUAUGCCUGGGUCCCUCCAGGGCUGAAACCAGAACAGGUUCAUCAGUACUACAGCUGCCUACCAGAAGACAAAGUUCCCUACGUGAACAGCCCCGGGGAGAAAGCCCGCAUAAAACAGCUUCUACACCAGCUGCCACCACACGACAAUGAGGUUCGAUACUGUAAUUCGCUGGACGAGGAAGAGAAAAGGGAACUCAAGCUCUUCAGCAAUCAGAGGAAGAGGGAGAACCUGGGCCGAGGCAACGUCCGACCAUUCCCAGUCACCAUGACAGGAGCCAUUUGUGAGCAGUGUGGAGGCCAAAUCAAUGGAGGAGAUAUAGCUGUCUUUGCAUCCAGAGCUGGCCAUGGUGUUUGCUGGCACCCACCAUGCUUUAUCUGCAGCGUUUGCAAUGAGUUGUUGGUAGAUCUUAUCUAUUUCUAUCAAGAUGGAAAGAUUUAUUGUGGCCGACACCACGCGGAAUGCCUCAAGCCUCGGUGCGCAGCGUGUGAUGAGAUUAUUUUUGCUGACGAGUGCACAGAGGCUGAGGGAAGGCACUGGCACAUGAAGCACUUUUGCUGUUUCGAAUGUGAAACAGUGCUAGGUGGCCAGCGAUACAUCAUGAAGGAAGGGCGGCCAUAUUGCUGCAACUGUUUUGAAUCUUUAUAUGCAGAGUAUUGCGAUACCUGUGCUCAGCACAUAGGCAUUGAUCAAGGUCAAAUGACUUACGACGGCCAGCACUGGCAUGCUACAGAAACUUGCUUUUGUUGCGCACAGUGCAAGAAAUCUCUUCUUGGGCGACCAUUCUUACCAAAGCAAGGGCAGAUCUUCUGUUCAAGAGCGUGCAGCAUGGGUGACGACCCUAAUGGUUCAGAUUCAUCAGACUCUGCCUUUCAAAGUGCCAGAGCCAAGGAGUCACGCCGUAGUGCCAAGAUUGGCAAGAACAGGAACAAAGGAGAGGAGAAUGCACUAAGCCAGGGCAGCCAGCUACAGGUAUCCUCGAGCAGGCUUUCUGCAGAUGUGGACCCACUCUCCUUGCAGAUGGACUUGCUAAGUUUGUCCAGUCAAACUCCUAGUCUAAACAGGGACCACAUAUGGAGAAGUAGAGAUGAACUCUACCACUAUGGGAACAAAAUGGAGCAGAGUCAGUCGCAAAGCCCUUUGCAGCUGUUGAGCCAGUGUAACAUAAGGACCUCUUACAACCCAGGGCAGGCACCAAAUGCCCAGCAGGAUCUAUGGGGUAAACAUUUUAGCAACCCAAAGAGAAGUUCCUCUUUAGCCAUGAAAGGACAUGGUGGCAGCUUCAUCCAGGAAUGCAGAGAAGAUUAUUACUCAGGAAGGCUACGGUCUCAGGAGAGUUACAGUGACAUGUCUAACCAGAGUUUCAGUGACACCAGAGGGAGUUACAAGGUCUCCAAAUAUGGAGAGGAGGAGGAUGCUGGUAUGUCUGCACAGCAGUGUCGAACCAGGCAUCCAAUCAAUGCACUGAAAUUCACUGAGGAACUGACACCCACAGAGCAAACUCCACGAGGUUCAAUGGAGUCCCUUGCGCUUUCCAAUGCCACAGGACUUUCUGCAGAUGGUGGUGCCAAGCGACAAGAGCAUCUCUCUCGAUUUUCCAUGCCAGACCUUAGCAAAGAUUCAGGAAUGAACGUCUCAGAGAAGAUGAGCAACAUGGGGACACUGAAUUCCUCUGUUCAGUUCAGAAGUGCUGAGUCAGUCCGUAGUCUACUUUCUGUACAACAGUAUCAAGAUAUGGAAGCCAAUUUACAUGAUCUUGCCAAUCCCAUUGGUUACAGAGACACACCGUCUCGUGGAAGGAUGCAUCAGAGCUUUGACUACGAAGUUGGGAUGCCAGGAAACAAGUUGUCUGGGCAAGAGGGUGCCAGACAUCCCCCCAUGAGUGAGCGCACUCCGAGACGAACUAAUCUCCGAGAUGAUGACCGCCGUUAUCGCCCUCACAGACCCCGACGGUCAAGGCGAUCUCGCUCAGAUAAUGCCCUUCACCUCACCAGUGAACAGAGCUAUAAGUUGAAAGAGAAGCCCUCUCUACGAGCCAGGGAGGACUAUGAUCAGUUCUUGCCACAGAGAAGCUGUAGAGAGACUGUAGAGCAGGGUGCACGGAGAAACCUAUAUGGUCAGUGUCCGAGGACUGUAUCAGACCUCGCUUUGCAAAACCACUUUACUGAGAGAUGGGGACCAUAUUUUGCUGAAUAUGAUUGGUGUUCUACAUGCUCCUCCUCCUCUGAAUCUGACAAUGAAGGAUACUUCCUCGGGGAACCAAUCCCACAACCCUCCCGCCUCCAAUACGUCACCAGUGAAGAGCUCCUUCACAAAUAUGGUUCAUACAGCAUGCCUAAGUCUUCCACACUAGGUGGUCGAGGACAGUUACAUAGCCGGAAAAGGCAAAAGAGCAAAAACUGUACCAUAGCGUAACUUUGUUGCCCAGGCACAGUGUUGGAGAAUGUAAUUGCUUCAUCAACUUGCACUGUUGUAGAUCUUAAAAUGCUUUUUAUUGUAACAAAAAGUCUUGGCAAGUGGGGGAGUUAAAAGAAGGUCAUAGACGAGGGUCUAUAAAUAGUCAUAAUUGUGGGCAUGGUGAAUAUAUUUUGCACAUUUUAUUUUGAGGGUGGAGGAGGGGAUAAAAUUUAUUUUAGCAUGUAAUAGUUAUAAACUUACCUCCUUCCCACAAGUAGCUGCCACCCAUUUAAUAUCCAGUUCAGCCACCUGUUUUAGUUGUCAUUGUUUACUAUAACCAGCAGUUAGCUACUAGUUUAUUCUCUCUCCUCUUUUGCCUUUCAUUUCUAUCACCUUCUGGGGGUGGGGGGGAAGGGGGGAAACUCUUCUGCCAUAUGGCCAGGGAACCUAAGUUAUUUCCAUCACUGUUCUGUCCAUGCAAAGUCAAUAAGAGUUCGAAGAAACUAUUUUUGUAUUCUGUAAUAUCAGAGGAAUUUCUGUAUCUUUGGAAUCACUGGGAAAUUCAUGCACACGCAUAAUUCUUUGGCCAGAGCUAAAACACACACCGCUUUAGAACCCUUUUUAUCUUUUGCCGUCAAAUUUGUUCUGGAUCAGCAGGUUUUACUUUUUGCCCCUGUAAAAACACCCCCCACCCCCCGGAACUCCUUUUCCCCCAACUUUGUUAGCACUUGAGGAGACCUGCAGGGGUCCACUUGAAGCUUUCCAACACCUCCAUUUUAUGUGACUCUGCCUGAAUCCUAACAUUUGCCUGGGAGUAAGCCCCACUGAAUAAAAUGGGACUUACUUCUGAGUAGGCUUGCUUAGGAUUUCUACCUGUAAAACUCAAAUACAAGGAUUGCUAUCAUUGAAAUGAAGUAAGUUUUUUUUUUUUCAAAUACAGGAAAAAGUAUAACCACCCAAUGUCAACCUAGGUCUGAGAAGGCAUUUUACAUCUCUUUAGAAAUGGCUGAAGUUAGUAAAAUUUCAACUACUUUUGGGGGGAUAAACCAAAACAAUUGUAAAUGGUGCAGUUGUGUGGUGUCAGCAUGAACUUGUUUUAAGUAUAGAAUUGUUUUCUGGUGCUCUAGUUUCCUGGCAUAUGUUAACUGCUGUUCAUUACCAAGAGGUAUCUUCAACACUGCCUUCUUCUGAAAUCCAUAAUGAAAUGAAUACAUCCUAAUCAUGUCAGACUUAAAGUCUACCCAUGGGAGAGAUACACUUCAAACCCAUUAUAAAGGCUGUUUGAAGAGCAUAUCCUCAGGGUAGAAUGGAGUCCAUUCUUUGGAACUAGAACAAAUCAACAAAAGCUUCAACAUGGUAGUUAUAUACAUAGGACUCAAAAUGUACCGUGUGCUAUGGUGGAUGUGAGUUUUUUCUCUGUAUGCUUUUAACAAUUGGGAGACUGACAUCAAGAUGUGUUCUGUAUUGUUUCCAGAUGGGACAGUGAGAUCGAAGGCAUUUUUUUUUCUUUUUUGGCUGUUUUUACUAAUGGGGCUGUAAAACAGGUUUCAGUAGUCCCUAGUUGAAUAGCAUCUUGUCAACUUACCACACCUGUGCAUAACUCUGUGGAGAGUUUGAGGAUUCUAUUAAAGUAAAAAUGGACUGGAAUAGAUGGCAGUCUGCACAUUGGUGUGAGUGGGAUUACAACCAGGCACGAGGGCCCUGACUCUCUAGUUGGACCUCAGAAGCAGGGUCUUUGUGCCUGCUUCAGCCCACUACGGGACCAGGCCUUGGAUCAACAUCUCUAUGUUGCUGAGGGAAAGAAUGGCCUUGCCUUUUGGAAAACAGUGACUCAGGAGGAAAUCUCAGAUAUGGAUAUAUCCAUAGCACAGCUAGGAAUUUUUUUUUGUUGUGCAUAAAGAGAAUGUGAUGAUUAUGACUUUUUUAAAAAAAAUAAAGAAAGAAAAA